AUGGUCUAUCCCAUCCUGGCCAUCGUCACCGAGCGGAUCAUGCACGGUGCCAACUUCAAAAAUCGGACUCUGUCUGAGGCGGCUGAUGACCCAACUGUUGCUAUUCGAGCAACUGGUCUCACUAAAGUCUACUCUGGCUCGUGGAUCAGGAGACUGUUUGGCUGCGGUCAGAGAGGCAAAACCUUCAAAGCUCUCGAUGGAGUUGACUUGGUCGCGCCAAAGAAUCAAAUUCUAUGCCUCCUUGGUGUCAAUGGGGCAGGCAAGUCUACGACUCUAGACUUGCUAUCGGGGGCUGGAGCACCAACGGCAGGAUCAAUCACUAUUAAUGCUCGUCACCCUCGACUCGGUGUUUGCCCGCAGAGAAAUGUCUUGUUCAACCGCCUCACAGUCUUUGAGCAUGUCCAAUUUUGGCGCGAGCUCAAAGGCGGAUUUGAAGACAAACGAGCGCUUCAUGACCUCAUCGCUGCCUGCGACCUGACCAAGAAGACACACUGUCGGGCUGGCACGCUGAGCGGCGGUCAGAAAAGAAAGCUUCAGCUCGCCUGCAUGUUCGUUGGUGAUACGACUGUCUGUAUGAUGGAUGAGGUCACAACCGGUUUAGACCCCGUUUCUCGACGGACUAUCUGGAACAUCAUUCUGGCUGAGCGUUUCAAGAGAUCGAUGGUCUUCACAACUCAUUUCCUGGACGAAGGCGAGGUUCUCGCUGAUCAUAUCAUCAUCCUGUCCAAGGGCCAGAUCAAAUGUCGAGGCACCGGAACCGCUCUCAAGAAUCAGCUCGGCGGGGGGUAUCGGGUGAGCAUUCCCAUGAGUGGAAGCACGAUGGCGGACAAGCUGGACCUCGAUGCGCCAAGAGGCAUCCAUCAAGACCGGAUUCUCUACACGACACCCGACUCCAAGUCCGCCGCUCAGUUGAUCGCCAGACUGGAAGCAGCAGGACAGACCGACAUCCAGGUUGCCGGACCGACAGUAGAGGAUGUGUUUCUCCGGGUUGCCCAAGACGAUAUCGCUGCAGUUGAAGAGGACGGCAAGAAGGUUUCAAGAACAGCGGUCGACAUCGAGAAGACGGCAUCAUUCACACCGGCACAACAAUAUCAACAACUCAGCUUCGGCCAGCGCCCAACUUUCUUUCAACAAGUCCGCGCGCUUCUCCUCAAACGCCUUCUCAUCCUACCCCGAUAUUGGAUCGGGGCUUUCCUCGUUCUUGCUCUUCCGAUAGCCUGCAUGCCCCCGAUCAACGGGUUCAUCGCCCAGGACUUCACCCGGCCGGGCUGCAAGAAUCUAUACGCCGAACUCCAACCCUCGCAACAGUUCGAUCCUUAUGUUUCCCCUGUUUACAUGACAAGCUCCACUGGCCUGAGCUCGGCCAUGGGCCCGAGUUCGUUCACAGACACCUUUUAUACUGUCCUCAGGGACUUUCCCAUCGGCAACCCCCCCGCUCCUAACAUCAGCGACCAGUAUCCCGUAUGGAGUGAGCCCUAUUCUAUUGAUCAAUUUGGUGACGACUGGCAACAGAUGACGCACUGGGAAGACUUUUCGGCCUACAUCCACCUGGCACAUGCCAGAGGCUUUUCUGGUCAUUGGAACACAAAAGCGUUGUGGAUGGGUGGAGACGGUGAGCCCAGCCCGACGCUGGCCUGGGCAAUCGAGAAUGCACAACACCCCCCUAAUAUAAUGGCGCUUUUGAACUUGUAUUCUUCGGUAAGGAGCGGGGUCAAGAUCCGAGUCUCGACAUCGGCGGAGCCGUUUUAUGGCGGGGGCUAUGGUGAUGGGAGUUGGACGUACAUUCUCUACGCCGCGUUCAUCUUCACGGUGUACCCGUGCUUCUUCGCGCUGUACCCGGCCUUUGAGAGGUCGAGCAAGGUCAGGGCGCUACAGAUUUCGAACGGGGUGCGGCCGCUGCCGAUGUGGACGGCGUACUUUUUGUUUGAUCUGUGCUUUGUUUUGGUGGUGUCGAUUGCGUACGCUGUGACCAUUUCGAUGCAGUUUCCGGUGUGGUUUGGGCCGGAGUACAUGUUCAUUAUAUGUCUUUUGCAUGGCAUCACGAGCAUCUUCGUCAGCUACAUUGUGUCGACGUGGGCCGAGUCUCAGCUGUCGUCGUUUCUGUGGGCACUGGGAUUCAACUUGCUGGCGUAUUUUGGGCUGGCGUUGGCGUAUACUCUACCCUCUGUCUUGAGCGAUCCGCUUGUUGUACAGCGAAAUGCCGACAUUAUCUCCCAUGUUCUGGGCAUCUUUUUCCCAGCCGGCAGUUUGUUUCGCGCCAUGGCCGUCGGAUGGAAUUUGUACCAGCUCGGCUGCCGCGGUGAUUCGGACUUUCAAGCACCUGCUGGAUCGUGGUGGGGGUACGGCUUUCCCAUCUGCUACCUCGUUCUUCAGGUGAUUGCCUUUGCCUUCAUUCUCUGCGUUCUCGACAAAGACCUCUCUCUUUCAUUGAUGCCCUCACGGAAAGAGAAGACUUCACCCGUGACCCACAACACCGCUGCAACACUCCCCUCCCACCAAGAAGAAAAGCUGCAGCCCAGCCUCAACUCCACCCCUGCCGAAAAUGAGCUCCUUUCCAUCUCCCACAUCAGCAAAUCAUUCGGCACUAACACCGCCGUCUCCGAUGUAACUUUCUCCCUCUCCCAGGGCGAGAUCAUCGCCCUCCUCGGUCCCAACGGAGCAGGCAAAACCACAGUCGUCAACCUCAUCCGAGGCGAACUCGCCCCCGACAGCGGCCAAGUCUUCCUCCGAGGCGAGGACAUCUCCUCCUCUUCCUCGGCCAAAUCAACCAUCAACUCCGCCAUCGGGGUCUGUCCCCAGUUCGACGCCUUGGACCUCCUCACCGCCCGCCAGCACCUCCGCUUCUACGCCAAAAUCAAGGGCAUCCCCCCCAGCGAAACCGAACUCAACGUCACAGAGGUGAUGAACCAAGUUGGCUUGGCCCCCCACGCGGAUAAGCUUGCCACCAAGCUCUCCGGUGGAAACAAGAGGAAGCUGUCGUUGGCUAUCGCUCUGAUGGGCAACCCUGCCGUUUUGGUGCUCGACGAGCCGAGCAGCUCCAUGGACGCAGCCGCCAAGAGGAAGAUGUGGAAGGUGCUUAGUCAUAUCGCUUCUGUACCUGGAAGGUCGCUGCUGCUGACCACGCACAGUAUGGAAGAGGCUGACGCGUUGGCUACGAGGGCGGCGAUUUUGGCUGGGGGAAAAUUACUCGCGUUGGGAACGACGGAGGAGCUGAGACGGGAAUACAGUGACAGUGUUUGUGUCCAGCUGGUCCUCAGGUCAGCACCUACUCCUACCCAGAAAGAAGUCGAAACGGUGGAGCAAUGGGUGAGGGGGCAGUUUGGAGAGGGGACGGUGUUUGAAGGUCGGAGCUUGGGCGGGCAGGUGAGGUUUGUAGUGCCGAGUUUGUUUGUUUCGGCGGCGCCUUUCAGGGCGGCGACUGUUACUGGCAAGGACGAUGAGCGGGAUAAUGUCUCUACUGUGAGCAGCAAGACGGAGCAGCAGGUUGUGAAGGGGGGGGUGGGGAGGUUGAUUGAGCUGAUUGAGGAGAGCAAGGAAAGGUUGGGGCUGGAGGAUUACACUGUGGGCGCGCCGACGUUGGAGAGGGUGUUUUUGAGCGUGGUGAGGGAUAAUUUUGUUGAGGAGGAUGGGAAGGUGAGGGUGCCGUUUUGGAGGAGGUGGUUUGCGAAGGCUGCUUGAGGGGUGGUGAUGGGCGCGUUGGUGAUACCCGUUUAGAGUGGAGGUGUGGAAACAGAGACAAGAGUUAAAGGAUAGAAAAGCACUACAAGUAGACACUCUCUAGUUAUUUUCUAUGUAGCAACUCAUCAAGAAACGCAACAUUUUGUUUAUU